ACUGGGAGCGGGCGGGAGCGGGAGCGCUGCGCACGCCCCGGGCCGGCCCAGCGAGCGGGCGAGCGGGCCGGGAAGGAGGAGGGAAGCGGGGAGGCAAGGCUGCCUAGGCGGAGGGAUCUGCGCAUCAAAGCGAGCGAGGCGAGCAAAGUUUGGCUGGGGGUUGGACUUUCCUUCCUGGAGGCGGCACCCAAACAGCUACCCCGUGCGGAAACCCAAACUUUCUUCUGCCACUCCGAGUCUCGCGGCCGCCGCCUCCGCCCCGCGCUCGGGGCCUGCCCGACCCCGCGCCGCUGUCGUCCGCCUGCCCUUCUCCCCGCCGCCCUUCUCCCCGCCGCGGGAGCCCCGCAGGCUGCAGCGCCGCGGCCCGGCCCGGAGCACGGGCAAGUUCGCCGCGAGUUGAGGUGAAGUUUGGGCGACCGCGGCCGGCCCCGGCCGAGCUCCCCUCUGCGCCCCCGGCGUCCCGCCGUGCCCAGCCCCGCCGGGGGCGCCCCUUGCCGCCCGCGCGCCCUCCCCAGCCAUGUCGUCCAUCCUGCCCUUCACCCCGCCGAUCGUGAAGCGCCUGCUGGGCUGGAAGAAGGGCGAGCAGAACGGGCAGGAGGAGAAGUGGUGCGAGAAGGCGGUCAAGAGUUUGGUCAAGAAGCUCAAGAAGACGGGGCAGCUGGACGAGCUGGAGAAGGCCAUCACCACGCAGAACGUCAACACCAAGUGCAUUACCAUCCCCAGGUCCCUGGAUGGCAGACUGCAGGUGUCCCAUCGGAAGGGGCUCCCCCACGUCAUCUACUGCCGCCUGUGGCGAUGGCCCGACCUACACAGCCACCAUGAGCUGCGGGCCAUGGAGCUGUGUGAGUUCGCCUUCAACAUGAAGAAGGACGAGGUCUGCGUGAACCCCUACCACUAUCAGAGGGUGGAGACCCCAGUUCUACCUCCUGUGUUGGUGCCACGCCACACAGAGAUCCCGGCCGAGUUCCCCCCACUGGAUGACUACAGCCAUUCCAUCCCCGAAAACACUAACUUCCCCGCGGGCAUCGAGCCCCAGAGCAAUAUUCCAGAAACCCCACCCCCUGGCUACCUGAGUGAAGAUGGAGAGACCAGCGACCACCAGAUGAACCACAGCAUGGAUGCAGGUUCUCCAAACCUAUCCCCAAAUCCGAUGUCCCCAGCACACAAUAACUUGGACCUGCAGCCCGUCACCUACUGCGAGCCGGCCUUCUGGUGCUCCAUCUCCUACUAUGAGCUGAACCAGCGCGUCGGGGAGACAUUCCACGCCUCGCAGCCCUCCAUGACAGUGGAUGGCUUCACCGACCCCUCCAACUCGGAGCGCUUCUGCCUAGGGCUGCUGUCCAACGUCAACAGGAACGCGGCCGUGGAGCUCACGCGGAGGCACAUCGGGCGGGGCGUGCGGCUGUACUACAUCGGAGGGGAGGUCUUCGCAGAGUGCCUCAGCGACAGCGCUAUCUUCGUCCAGUCUCCCAACUGUAACCAGCGCUAUGGCUGGCACCCGGCCACCGUCUGCAAGAUCCCCCCAGGAUGCAACCUGAAGAUCUUCAACAACCAGGAGUUUGCAGCCCUCCUGGCGCAGUCAGUCAACCAGGGCUUCGAGGCCGUCUACCAGUUGACACGAAUGUGCACGAUCCGCAUGAGCUUCGUCAAAGGCUGGGGAGCAGAAUACAGGAGACAGACAGUGACCAGCACCCCCUGCUGGAUCGAGCUGCACCUGAAUGGGCCUUUGCAGUGGCUUGACAAGGUCCUCACCCAGAUGGGCUCCCCAAGUAUCCGCUGUUCCAGUGUGUCUUAGAGACAUUGGGUGUGAAGGGGGAGGGUGGGGGAGGGCGGGUUGGGGAAAAUGGCCAAGUAGGAGGUGGAGAAAAUCAGAACGCAACUCACUGUCAUCAAGGAAGAAGAAAUUUUUCUCCCUCAACCAAAGCGGCACCAACCUGUUUUCCAAAAUACAGAAGCAAACUCAGAGAUGGAGUUUAUGAACAGCUAUGUCUGCUGAACACCUUGGCCCUUUGGCCCCAGUUGGAAGGGCAAGAAAUGGCUUCUGCUCUGGUGUCUGGAGCAAACAGGUAGUAUUUCGCCAUCUGUCCCCUCCCCCCAGCCCUCUUCUUUUUUAAUGACAGCAACUGGGAUGUCACUGUCCAGCAGGAGAUGGCGUUCUGUUCAGGAGCGGAGUGUGAAUUCACCUGGAGUGUUUUAGGCGGGUAACAGCCUCUAGGGGUUUGAGCAAACCUCAUGCCCAGCACUCUGGCGCUUUUGAGAACAGCCUCUUCAACCGAACAUUCCCGAGCCCCGGCCAUCCCACACACCCGCACCCUGCACCCCGGAGCCGGACUGACGUGGUGGGGUAGGGAGGGGGCUCGUCUCUCUCCUCCCCUCUCAGAGUAUCCUGACUGGUGUGAGCGGUGUGUUCAGAACGUGCACACAGGGACAGUGGGGAAAAGCUGGUGAGCGACACCCCUUUAAAAACACUCUUAAGUUUGUCCUUUCUCACUUUGAACAGUUGGAAGCAUCUGCUGAGGCUCAGUGUGUAUACAGUGUAGUUUAUAUUAUCACGUUAAUCUCAGAGAGAUUUGAAUGACGUGAAAUAGUCACAUGAAGCAGGAGGCAGCUGCCACGUGAGGGUGUUUGGGCUAGGGCGGCACCGCAUCGCGGGGUCUCCAGGUGUCUGCGAGACCUCACCCUGUUUCUCAUGCAUUCGGCUAUAUUGGUUUACGUAGUCAGUUGCAUUAAUUAAAUGGACUUUAUCACAUGCUCUUUUAAAUGUUUGUUUUAUAUUAAAAACAAAAAAAUCCUGGCUUGGCGCAUUGACUGGGAAACCAGAGUGGGACCCAGCAACUGCCCUCCCGAGGUGAAGCUUUUCCAGGUUUUGUUGAGAAGACACCUGCCAGCACUCUUGGAAGCUGAAAUUAUGAAGCAAAUUCACCAGAAGGGAAAAAUCUCAGGCCAACAUAGGCAAAGGAAAAGGGCUAUUGAAAAUUUUUUACACCUUUGAAAAUUGCAGGCUUGGUGCAGAGAGCCCUGUCAUCUUCCCCCUGGGAUCCGAAAUUAUCUGGCUCACAGUAGAGGAUAUUCAGCAACAACUAUAGCGGGCCUGUCGUGUAAUAAGUACUGUUCCCAGUGGCAGUUAGUGAGAUAACUCUUAUAAAUUAUUUCAACUGGAAAAAAAAAUCAGAGCCCUCGCCUUUGGCCUUUUGCAGAAUACAGCAGACAGAAUUGCCACUUGCAAUUGGUACUUUAUUCUUUGCUGCUGUUUUUUGUGUGAAAUGACUUAUUCCAUAUUUUGUCAUGGAUUUCUGCCAGGAAAAAGAAAGGGAUUUCCUAUGGAAGUCCUGUCUUAUUCCAGGUGAUGAAAGUGGAUACUUUGGGCAGGUAUAAACCUCAAAUGUGAUGACAUUUCUGAUGCUAUAUGGAGAUGUUGGGGGCGUCCUGGUGCCUCACUGGCAGGAUCCUACACUGCUGAAGCUCUAGCCUGGAGGUGUCUAGGUAGGAGAGCUGCUUGCCAAGCCUCCUGAGGACACAGGAGGACGGGAAGAGCACCUUGACCGCCCUGUGCUAGUCUUCUUGCAGGACUGCAGAACCCAGAGACAACGCAGAACCCCUCACUCCGCCUGAGAUGGUGAAAUACUGCAAGGCUGAAGCUUUUGCCUGGGAUGAAAUGAUCUGUGGAUUGCUGCUCACAGGCACAGGAGGCUGCCUGAACCUCCUGGGUGUGCAUUCCUGCUCCCUGUCAGGUCUCAGUCGUGGUAUGAAUUGUUCCCUUUCGGCCUCUGCUGGAGCAGUCAUGGUGCCCCUCCUAAAAGCAUUGGGCAGUGGUCUCGGAGGGCCUGCAUUCUCCACCUGCUACAUGCUCCCCAAGGUGGGCUUCCUGUGGCACACAGCCGUCUUCCAGGUACUUGGGAACUGGCUUCAGGUACAGCCCCAUUUUGGUGAUCCAGCGGUCACGUCCUGCUAUGUUCGGAUGGUGUCUUAGAACCCUCAGUGCUCAGAGCGGAAGGCUACUUCUAGGAAGUGGGAAGUUUGAAUUUUGUGUUUUUCCAAAAGCUACUUACUUGGCCCUUUUUCCUUAUAGACUAGACUGCUGGAGGAGGAUGGAUGAGGAAAAUGUAGGUAGGCCCACCUUUGGCACCACUGAAAAUAAAUUCGGUCACACCUAAAGGUGCAGACUUGGUGCCACUCCCAUCAGAGAGGCAGUGCGGGCGCCUUGGGGCAUGAGUAAUAUCAGUGUCCUUUCUUUAAGUCACAAAACUAGUUUUAAAAUCCUGUUGUAUGAAAGGCAUUUAUACAUUAAAGCUUUUUAAAGGACGCUUGAAAGGGGCAUAAGGAAACAAGGGCGGCUCUAGAGGGGUGACAGUAGGCGCUGGAGAGCAGUUUUAAGUGUAGUUGUCCAGCUACACUCCGUGCGCUGUUCCCCCGGCCCAGGCUCCCCGCCAGGCCCCUUCACCUUGUGGCUUGUGCUGACACUGACCCAAGAGCAGCUAGCACGGGCCCAGGUCCCGGCCCCAGUGCCGGCCCCGGGAGCCAACCUCGAUUCCCUUCCUCUCCCCUCCCCUCUCCCUAACUCUAUUUAGUAACUUAGAUCCUUCCAGCCCUAACCUAGGUAGCUGCCCCAGCGGGUUCGGGUUACAGGCCUGAGCUGGAACGUCAUCUCAGUUGGCCACCUUCCUGGCAGGCUGUAGGUCUGACAUUUUGAGACAAGCCGAGAGUCAGGAGCGGGGACUUUGACUCUUAUCUGGGAAGAAUACACAUGAGGGCAAGGCUGCUGGCAGACUUCUCCAUUGUCCUUAUGUUGUCGGGGUUGUAUUUUUUUAUUGACCGUGGUGAUUAUUUUUUUAAAUCCUUGUUAAUGUAUUGGAAUGAGCUGUAGCACAUAUCUCGUGCUUAGUUUGUUUUUCUCCAUCUCCCCUUGGCUUCCUAGAGUUUGGACAUAUUCCAGGGCUAAAUGCUUUUACUCAAACCACAGAAAAAGGUUUUCUUUAAGUAAUGUGUGCCUGUCGUGCAUGUGUGCGCGUAGUCUGGGGAGAAGGCGGGGAUCUGAUUUCAUUCUGAGCCUCGAGCUGCCCUUUUGGAGGCUCCAUGAUGGUUUCUGCUGGGCCGGAGCUCACGUUAGACCCCUCUCAUACUCCUUAAAAGGAAAGCGAGGGAAAGGAAUCUGCAUGCUUUUCGUGGGACUGUUAACCACGGGGGUUACCAGGAGCGAGAGAGGGCACGAGUUUAGUUCUGGACCCUGUGUCUUACUUUGUGACUUUAAGUGGCAGAGUUGCGAGUUUUCCCCAAAUCUAGGGAAAAAACCUCAACACAGCUAUGUUGUACCAUUUUUCUUUGUGUGGUAUAAGUGUUCCCUUCUAGAACGCCUUCAAGUAACAGUCUUUUAAGGAGUAUCAACUACUCCUCAAGUGGGUGGGAAAGCAGAACAAUGUACACAAAGGGACAUGGAUCGAAAAAGGCGAGGCGUCUCUGGUUUGGAAGGAGUGAGUGGGGAAUGACUUGCUAUACAGGCAACUUUUCAGAAACACAGCUAUCAGAUUAAAAAACUCGGCUAUCGUGUAAACUGGAUCGAGACGUUCUCUCAGUGAUUCUGUAAUUGAUUUUUUUUUAUGCUGAAGUAAUGUACACUCUAGCAUUCUGGUGUUUUUAUAUUUAUGUAAUAAUUUCUUAAAACCAUUCAAGACAUAACUAUUUAAUUUUUUGAAGAAAGUUGGAAAGGUCUCCUCCCACGGACAGUGGCUGGGAAGAGAAUGCUGGUUGAGGGUACAGUGCCUUUUUGGCUCAGCAUCCAGAAACCAACCCAGGCUGGCCAAACUCACAGUGGCGUGUAAAAACAGGCAGCUCUGAGUCAGAGAGACGCCCUUCCACGGGGUCCUCUGAACCAGGCAGCGCUCCCUUCCUGAGGGUGAGGACCUUGCAUGGACGGAUGGAGCUGCCUCCCCUCGCCCUCACUGCUGCUCUCGCAGCCCGGCCAUCCUGUUCGGGAAGCGUGUUUUGGUGUGUGUUCCAGGGGGGGUCUGGAACGUGGAGGAUGUUGGUUCCCUUCACUUCUCAGCCAGCCUGACCUUUUAAUACCUUUGUAAAAAGCAUGUAUGUAUUUAUAGUGUUUUAGAUUUUUCUAACUUUUGUAUCUUAAGAGCAGAGCACCCGUUUAAGCAUUGUACCCCUAUUGUUAAAGAUUUGUGUCCCCUCUCUCCUUCUCUUCCCCCUGUAAGUGCCCUUCUAAUAAACUUAUCAUUGAAAAGCUCCUGUGCCAGGAGCUCA